UUCAAGCCUGUUAGUCCCACCUUUUUGUGUUUCCCGCACCGUCAAUCAAAAUAGAAAAAAAUCGACCCGAAUUCACCGAUCAACGCUAGCCCGCCUUUGAUAAAAUAAUCAUGUUUGGAGUUUAGUUUAUCAGAUAAGCUUCCCGGGUACUACCAUUUACGCUAUGACUGGUACCUAAACAUUUAGCGCAUCGAAGCGUGCAACUAAUCGCGCCACAGCAGAGCAGCCUCUGAAACAAGGAGAAAUGGCGUCCGCGGACGUGGACAGCAGUCAAAGCGAGUUUCUGCAACCCGGCGGCGCAGCGGAAACACAGACAACAGACAUGUCAGCCAUCCAGCUGACUGGUUCCGACCGAUGGGAGGUGUUAACUCCUGUCUCAUCUGGGAAGGAAGACCAGGGAAUUGUUCACAUUCAAAACUCUGGGAUUGUUACGUCCAACGGGCAGUACAUGCUUCCUAUUGGGAGUCUCCCCAACCAGCCCAUUUAUGUUACAGCAUCUGGGAAUGACGCCGCAGCCAAUGGAGUGUCAGGCAUUCAGUAUCAGGUCAUCCCCCAAAUCCAAAAUGCAGAUGGGACACUUGCAGGUUUCACCCAGGGAUUGGAUGAUUGCACGGGUCAGAUUCAUCUCCUCCAAGAUGGCGGCCAGGGCAGCAUUGGAAUCAGCUGUGCCACAACAGCAACCACAGACCUCCUGACGCAGGCGGGGCAUGUACAGUCAAUCCAAACCCUCCCGCUGGCUGGGGGGUCAGCAUACACUAAUACAGUAGGGCUGCCCGGCAACAUAACAUUCGUCCCUAUAAACAGUGUGGAUCUGGAGUCUCUAGGGCUGACUGGAGCGCAGACGGUCCCCAUUGCAACAGGGGUAACGCCCGAAGGUCAGCUGAUCAUGGGUGGCCAGACGCUGGACAAUCAGGGUCAGGACACUGGCGUCAAGCAGCCGCUGGGGACAGUGAGCAGCGCCAACCAAGAACUCUACGUGCCAACCACCUCUUCCUCCUCCAACCCCUCCCAUCUCCCAGAGACCAUCGACGGCACCGGGGUUCUGACCCAAGCAACCGCCGUGUCUGCAGGCGUGUCCGACCCCUCCUCAGAGAACUUCAACUCACAAAACCACCUGCAUCAAAUCCAGCAGGUCUCAUCCUCUAAUGCCACCACUAUCUCGCAGCCCAUCCUGCAGCUGUCUGGGGACAGCCAGGCCCAGGGUCAGGACCUAAAUGCAGCAGGUCAGACUCUACAGAGUGUGCAACUGGUCAACCCCGGGACCUUCCUCAUCCAGGCCCAAACUGUCACAGCUACUGGGCAGAUCCAGUGGCAGACCUUCCAGGUCCAGGGGCUCCAGUUGCCCCAGGGGCAGGGGCAGGCCCAGCAGCUGACCUUAGCCCCGGUCCAUACUCUCCCUCUGGGCCAGACAGGCCAGGUCAACCUGCCCAACCUCCAGACAGUCACAGUGAACUCUGUAGCACAAGGUGGAGUUCAGUACUCACAGGGAGAGGACCCAAACAGUCCAAUUGGUAUCCAGAUAAAGGAGGAGCCGGACUCUGAGGAGUGGCAGCUUAGUGGAAACUCCACGCUCAACCCCAGCGAUCUGAACAACCUGCGUGUUCCGAUGGGAGAUGAGGAAAUGGAGAUGGCGGGCGGGGAGGGCAAGAGGCUCCGCAGAGUAGCCUGCACCUGCCCCAACUGCAAAGAGUCUGGAGGAAGAGGUUCAGGCAUGGGGAAGAAGAAGCAACAUAUCUGCCACAUUGCCGGCUGCGGGAAGGUUUAUGGGAAGACGUCUCAUCUUCGAGCUCAUUUGCGCUGGCACAGUGGAGAGAGACCCUUCGUCUGCAACUGGAUGUUCUGCGGGAAGAGGUUCACCAGGAGCGACGAGCUGCAGAGACACAGGAGGACACACACAGGAGAGAAGAAGUUUGUGUGCAUAGAGUGCUCCAAGAGGUUCAUGCGGAGCGACCACCUGGCCAAGCACAUAAAGACUCACCAGAAUAAAAAAGGCGGGGUACCCUCCACGUCUCCGCACACCGCCGACGCAGUCAUUACCGCCGACGGAACCACACUCAUCCUCCAGACCGCCAACCACGACCUCUUAGCCAAUCAGGAGAUCCCUUUGCAGCUGGUCACAGUGGCGUCCGGUGAGGUUAUGGAAUGAGGGGGUGAAUGAGCGAGGUGUUUUUUUCUUUUUCUUUUUGAGAACUAGCCUAUCACAGGGACCUCUUGGGCUUUUCUCUUUCCCCUCUUAACUUGUUUUUUACAUAUGAAAUAUAUAUACGUAAAUAUAUAUGACAAAUAUAUAUAUUUUAAGUAAGAGUUAUCAUGACUUUGUUUGUUUUCUGCUGUCUUUUUAUAGGCUGGCAAAAACAAAAAAACAUUAAAAUGUGGUUUCUAUGUACACGCAUACACACACACACACAUACAUACAUUAAUACUCAAGACAGUACAUGAAUACUCUACACAAUGAAAUGCCUUAUUUUGUAUAAUACUCUUGUAUAAAUUGCUGGAGGUGCAUGUGUUUUUUUAAGCUUUGCAGAUGAUGUAAAUGCAACAGAGAUAAAUGUGUUUGUGAAAUGAUGAUGACGAUAAUGAGGAGGAGGAGUUUCUGUAAGAGAAUAACGAAGUAGUGAACCUCUCUGGGAUGAUUGCAUUUUUGUCUCUGGAGAAUUCUGACAGAACCAAGCGGUCUGUCUGAAGCAGCGCUGCAUUCACACUGAAUUGUUGCACUGCUGCAGCCAUGAAGGAACACUUGAUUUUAAAGGAAUAGCUCAACAUUUUGGGAAAUAUGCGCUUUUGCUCUCUUGCAGAGAGUUAGCUGAGAAGAUUGUUAUCACUCUGUACUUGGCAAGUGGUUUUGAUGUUCUUAUCUAACUCUUGGCAGGAAAGCAAUUAAGCACAUUUUCCAAAAUAUCAAUCAUGACAGGCAACAGGGCGGCGACACUGAUGUCAUGCUGUGUUGCUUCAAGCAGAGCGGGAGGUUCGGCUGGUCGUCAGAGUAGGAUGACAGUGCCACUGUUAACUGAUGAGAAGUUGUUUACCACCUCGACAGGUGGGAAAUAGAUGCAACCCUCUCUGAAAAAGGGCAACUUCUUCCAGCAUCUUGUCAGUCUGAACAGAAUGUCUCAUCUUUCCUCAUGAGCACACCGUCCGCUGUGCUUGUCCACGUCUUUAUUUUUCUUUCCUUUUUGCAUAUUUUUGUUGUAAAUUCACAUUGUAUUUUGGUUUUCUGUGUCUCCUUGCUGAUCUGCGUGUCUUCUAAAUCAAAGCCACAUGAUGGUGAACAUAGAAGUGUUGAGUGGGUGCCUCUGAAUUGCUGCAUGUCUCUUCAUUGUCAUUGUCAGCUGCAUAUGGCUGCAGCAGAAAAUCCACGAAUCUCGCCAUGUGAAGAAAACAGAAACAGCCCCCCCCCCCUCCCGAGGGUGUGAUUGAACAUUCCAGCUGGACACCGGAUGAUGUGGGAUUAGUUUUGCAAUAACUGGUCUGUUGGUAAUUCUGGCCAGAUGUCACUCAAGUCAAAAGGAAAACAAUCAUGCCAUUGUUUGUCGUUUUGUUUUUAUUUUAAUUAAUGUAAUCCCUUUCUUGGUUUGUCAUGUUUGUAGCAUUCAUUUACAUGUAUAUUAUCUUAAGUUCACAUUGUUUAUAGAAGCCAUUACAUUAGUUAACAGAAUUUGUUGUAUCAAAACUUAUUUUAAGUGAUUUUCUUUUUUUCUUUUUUUAAGAAUUGGUGUAAAAAUUGAAUGUUACCUUUUGUAAACCCUUUUUUCAAAUGGAUCACAAUAAAAAUCUAAAACUUU